UGCACUUACAGUUCAAGGGACAAUGGUGGAGAGGCUUUUAUGUGAGAUGGCCAGAAAACCUGCCUGCUAGCAGCCGCGGUCGAAUAAACUUUCUUCUUUUUUCCUUUUCUAAAGAACCAAUUCAGUUACGGAGUGGAAUGAAUGACUUUCGUUUCGUUCAUCUAACAACGACCUACUGUGUUUAACACACUUGAGAUUUUUUAAAUGGAAUUAAUUUGGCUUAUCAACACAAGAAAUCAAAUCAAUGGAAUAAAUAUGGGAGCUGCACUUCUGCACACCUUUGAGCAGCAGUAUGAUGCAGGCAGGAGUCUGUCUGAGACAGGACACUGAGACAACACUACCAGAGCUCACUGAGCAGCACAGGAUCAAACUGAAAGAAGAGGAACUCAGUGGACUGGAGUCUGUCCACAUGGCAGAGUCAGAGACUGAGUGUACUACACCAGGACUCAACACACUGGAGCCAGAGUGUGUUACAGCACACAGUGGGGUCAGUGCUGUACACCACACUGACUCACCAUUGAUAAAAACAGAACCUGAUCUGGGUCCCACCAACACUGGGGAUCUUAUUAAGACAGAGAGCCUAGACUUUACAGAGCUGGUAUGUAGAACCCAUCUGCAUCCUGACCAAAUCAAAACAGAAACUUAUCCGGGUCACACACACACUGGGUAUCUUAAGACAGAGAACCUAGAAGUUACAGAGCUGGGAUAUGUAACCCAUCUGCAUCCUGACCAAAUCAAAACAGAGACUGAUGAUGAAGGCUACAUUAAGGCCGAACACAUCAGUGUCCUGCAGGACAUUAAAUGUGAUGAUAUUACAUCUGAUGAAGUGAACACUGUGCUUAAUGGAGCUGGUGUUCACCAAGACCAGACUGAACCAUGGCAGUGUGCAGGGGAGCCAAAUCCACACUGCAGGAAACCAGGGAAAGAACAGGACUGUUCCACCCAGCAUGUGAGAUGCCUUAAUGAGCCAUCAGAGUUAAUCCAAGAUGAGGGAAACCGUAAUUGUGAAAAGCCCCACCAAUGCUCCCUGUGUGGGAAGCGUUUUCCUCUUGAAUCUCAUUUGAAUAACCAGAACAUUCAUUCAGAGGAAAAGCCGAACACGUGUAGUCUGUGUGGGAAGUGUUUUACCACAGCAUCUGUUUUACAGAGGCACCAGAGAAUUCAUACAGGUGAAAAACCUUACAAAUCUAAUCGGUGUGGGAAGGGUUGUAAACAGAAAUCGCAUGUAAUCAGACACAAGAAAAUUCAUACAGAUGAAAAGCCCUACAAAUGUGAUCAGUGUGGGAAGUAUUUUUCAGCGAAGGCCGUUUUGAAGGUCCAUCAGAGAAUUCAUACAGAUGAAAAGCCCUACAAAUGUGGUCAGUGUGGGAAGUGCUUCUUAAGGAAAGCUGCUUUAACCAAACAUCAGAGAAUUCAUUCAGGUGAAAAGCCCUAUAAAUGUCACCUGUGUGAGAAGUCUUUUGUUCUUAAAUGUUAUUUAAAUAUCCACCAGAGAAUUCAUUCAGGUGAAAAGCCCUAUAAAUGUCACCUGUGUGAGAAGUCUUUUGUUCAUAAAUGUUAUUUAAAUGUCCACCAGAGAAUUCAUACAGGAGAAACGCCCUACAAAUGUGAUCAGUGUGGGAAGUGUUUUAAACAGAAAUCACAUUUAAUCAAACACAAGAAAAUUCAUACAGAUGAAAGGCCCUACAAAUGUGAUCAGUGUGAGAUGUCUUUUCUUAGUCAAUCGAAGUUAAAUACCCACCAGGUAAUUCAUGCAGGUGAAAAACCCUACAAAUGUAAUCAGUGUGGGAAGUCUUUUUCAGCAAAGGCCGGUUUGAAGGUCCAUCAGAGAAUUCAUACAGGUGAAAAGCCCUACAAAUGUCAUCUGUGUGAAAAGUAUUUUGUUCAGAAAUGUUCUUUAACCAAACAUCAGAGAAUACAUUCAGGUGAAAAGCCCUACAAAUGUCAUCUGUGUGAGAAGUCUUUUGUUCAGAAAGGCGAUUUAAAUAUCCACCAGAGAAUUCAUACAGGGGAAACGCCCUACAAAUGUGAUCAGUGUGGGAAGUGUUUUCAUAGUAAAAGUAACUUACAGUCUCAUCAGACAAGUCAUAAAAAAGAAAAGGCCUACUUGUGUACUCAGUGUGGGAAGUGUUUUUUUCGUAAUUGUAAUUUAAUUAUCCAUCAGAGAAUUCAUACUGGUGAAAAGCCCUACACAUGUACUCAGUGUGGAAAGUGUUUUAUAGAUAAGUCUGGUUUAAGCAAACAUCAGAAAGUCCAUACAGGGGAAAAGCCCAACUUGUGUACUCUGUGUGGGAAGUGUUUUACCACAACAUCUGUUUUACAGAGACAUCAGAUAAUUCAUACAGGUGAAAAGCCAUACAAAUGCAAUCAGUGUGGGAAGUGUUUUCAACAGAAAUCACAUGUAAUCAGACACGAGAAAAUUCAUACAGAUAAAGCCCUGCAAAUGUGAUCAGUGUGAGAUGUAUUUUCUUUGUAAAUCUAAGUGAAAUACCCACCAGAUAAUUCAUGCAGGUGUAAGGCGGAAAUAAUUAACAUCUGGUAUCGAGAUACAUUUCAUACCAAAUAGAGUUUACUAGCAUAGUUUCAAUUACUCAAGGGAAAACUAUAUGUCCUCUCUGGUAAUCAUCUGUUUUUCCCUUCUAACAAUCUAAAAAUUCUAAAAAUUCCAGAUUUGACCACCCCUCCAGGUUAGUUUAUGGCACUGCCGCCCGGUUCAAGAGUGUGAUUUGGCAUAAAAGAAGGGGAGACGAACCCAUCAGGGAAGAUCGUAUCUGUCUUCCCACACAUGUGCAUUUUCUGUGUUUGUGUGUAGUUGAAGCAGGCUGGGUAAGAUUAUUGACUUUGUAUUUGUAUUUCUGUAUUAAUUGACUGUUGAAUUCUAAGAUAAUGACCUACCUGCCUGUUAAUAAAUACUUAUUUUUAACUUG